AUGCCAAUUUCAAAAAGAAGAAAAGAAAUAAAUUUGGGAAAAGUUUCCAAACAAAAUAAAGAAGGCAAAAAAGAAUUGAUUGAAACGAUUCAAAGCUAUGUAGCAAAUUAUAAUUAUAUUUGGAGAUUAGAACCUGAAGGUAUGAGAAAUUUAUUUUUACAACAGAUCAGAGCUGAUUGGGCUCAUAAGGGAAAAACACUUAUGCAAAAGGCAAUUGGAGUUGACGAAAGUGAUGAGUUUGAAUUGAAUUUAUCAGAGUUUUCCAAAUUACUCAAAGGAGAUGGUGGCCUAUUAUUUACUAAUGAAUCAGUGGAAAGUGUCGAAGAUUAUUUUGAAAGUUUUAUUAAAAAAGAUCAUGCCAGACCUGGAAAUAUUGCCAAUGGAACAAUUAUAAUACCUGAGGGUAUAGUUCGAUAUAAUUUUGGGAGUGCUAGUAAUAAUUAUUCCAAUGGAGGAUUCCCAAUACCGGUCACAAUGUCAAAACAAUUGGAGAAAUUGGGAAUGCCAGUUGUUGUAGAAAGAGAACAUUUGGUGCUUAAAUCUGAUUAUAAAAUUUGCAAUAUUGGUGAUAAACUUAGCAUUGAGCAAGCACAUUUAUUGAAAUUAUUACAAAUUACCAUUUCAGAAUUUAAACUUAAACUUACUCAUUAUUAUGAUAAAUCAACUAAAGAAGUAAAAGUUCUUUGA